CAGGACGCGGAGGCGCAGAAGCGCUAUGAGACCCUCUUCCAGAAGCUCGACCGCAACCGGGACGGCGUGGUAGACAUCCGGGAGCUGCAGGAAGGGCUCCGGAACCUGGGCGUCCCCUUGGGCCAGGAAGCAGAGGAGAGAGACAUGGGGGGAAGGGAGAGAAAGACACCUAUAGCAUUGCUCUGCAGCUCAUGAAGGUUCCCCCCCCCCCCUGCCCAACACACACACACUACAGGUGGAGACCAGUGACUUGAAUCAAGGUCCUCAGACAUGGCAACAUAUGUGCUUUACUGAAAAUCUUUAGUUCUGGUGAUACUAACAAAGAUGGAAAACUGGAUCUUGAAGAAUUUAUAAGGUACCUUAAAGACCAUGAGAAAAAGAUGAAGUUGGCAUUUAAGACUUUGGACAAAAAUAAGGAUGGAAAAAUCGAUGCCUCAGAAAUUGUCAAGAGUUUCAAGAUGCUAGGCCUGAGUAUUUCACUAAAACAAGCAGAGUUUAUUCUUGAAAGCAUUGAUGAUGAUGGGACAAUGACAGUUGACUGGGAAGAAUGGAGGGACUACUUCUUACUUAACCCCGUUACAGACAUUGAGGAAAUUGUCCAUUUCUGGAAACAUUCUACUGGUAUUGACAUAGGAGAUAGUUUAACUAUUCCAGAUGAAUUCACUGAAGAGGAAAAGAAGACUGGGCUGUGGUGGAAGCAGCUUUUGUCAGGCGGUGUUGCUGGGGCCAUUUCUCGAACAUGCACUGCCCCUUUGGAUCGUCUGAAAGUUAUGAUGCAGGUGCAUGGUUCAAAAUCAGGCAAAAUGAAGAUAUCUGAUGGCUUUCGACAAAUGGUAAAAGAAGGAGGAUUCCUAUCUCUUUGGCGAGGCAAUGGCACAAAUGUCAUUAAAAUUGCCCCUGAGACAGCUAUUAAAUUCUGGGCAUAUGAACAGUACAAGAAGUUGCUUACUGAUGAAGGUAAGAAAAUAGGAACCUUCGAAAGAUUUAUCUCUGGGUCCCUGGCUGGAGCAACUGCACAGACUUUUAUUUACCCUUUGGAGGUUAUGAAAACAAGGCUGGCUGUUGGCAAAACUGGACAAUACUCUGGACUAUUUGAUUGUGCCAAAAAGAUUUUGAAACAUGAAGGUGUGGGAGCUUUUUACAAAGGUUAUAUUCCCAAUUUACUAGGCAUCAUACCUUAUGCUGGUAUAGAUCUUGCUGUGUAUGAGCUCCUAAAGUCUCACUGGCUAGAUAAUUUUGCCGAAGACACAGUCAAUCCCGGAGUCACAGUGUUGCUGGGAUGUGGUGCCUUAUCCAGCACCUGUGGGCAGUUGGCUAGCUACCCUUUGGCAUUGGUGAGAACUCGCAUGCAGACUCAAGCCAUGAUAGAAGGAGCCCCACAGAUGAGCAUGGUUGGCCUCUUUCGACGAAUACUUUCCAAAGAAGGGUUAAUAGGACUUUACCGAGGCAUCACUCCAAACUUCAUGAAGGUGCUUCCUGCUGUAGGCAUCAGUUAUGUGGUUUAUGAAAAUAUGAAACAAACUUUAGGAGUAAGUCAGAAAUGAUAUGCUGACAUUUUGCUUUUUCACGAUUACUGAAACAUUCAACAAAAUGAAUUUCUUCAUGAAUUUUUCUCCUAGUAUUGUAGUAGAUCUGUGUAGUAAAAGAAGCCAUACUUUUUUUCCCACUAAAGGCAAAAACAAUGAUGAUUUCAAACAUUUGUAUUCACAUCUUGCUUACACAGGAAUAUUAAAAAGCAUAAUUUUGAUAAGCUCAUAAAAUUUUGAAAAGGCUAUGGAAUUGUAUUAUCUUUUUUUAUUAGCCCUUUCUACAAAUCUCUACCUUGAAUUUGGAAAAUGUAUUUGCUCUAGAUUGGUUUUGUGUGGAAGAAUUCUAAGUAAUCAAUCUUUAUUUUAUUUGGUUCAUGUUUAUGUGAGUUCAUUUAUACUCAAAUGUCUUUUUAUUAAAAACAAAAUGAUCAGAAAACCCUGGAACUUGUUUCAUAUAUCUUGAAUUUCUUUUAAGUUUUUAUUAUUUUUUUAAUUUAGUUUCCCUUUUGUUGCCCUUUUUUAAAAUUGUUGUUGCAGUUAUUAUUGUUGUUAUUGAUGUUCUUGCUGUUAGGACAGAGAGAAAUGGAGAGAGGAGGGGAAGACAGAGAGGGGGGAGAGAAAGAUAGACACCUGCAGACCUGCUUCACCACCUGUGAAGGGACUCCCCUGCAGGUGGGGAGCUGGGGGCUCGAAGCAGGAUCCUUAAGCUGGUCCUUGGGCUUCGUGCCACGUGAGCUUACCCGCUGCACUACCACCCGACUCCCAUAUCUUGAAUAAUUUUAUAGAUCUUAAUUUUUUUCAUAAAAAUUAACCUAACAGUAAUCAAAUAAGCUUUUAUAUUUAAACUGAAUCAGAAUAAACAUAAGUGGCAGAAUUUCAAGUCCUUUGAAUGCCAUAGUGCAUUCAUUCAUAAUCAGUUUUGUGUGGGAAGUGGUGAAAUAAUAUAUAUUGUAGUGGGCACUUCUUGUUUAUUAUACUGUUGUUUAGUUCCUGAGAUGGCACAAGGGUUUUCAAUACGUUGCUGUUAAAUAAUCAAGACAAGGCCACUUAUGUGAAAUAUUACUGUUUCUGUGUCAUUGCUUUGAAAAGCACCAGGAAACUAAACCUUUUCAUUUUCAGUUUCUUUGAAGAACAUUUCACUUCUCUUUGCCUUCUGCUUUCUACUUCUAAGUUGAAUUCCCUUUUAAUCAAGAAGAUUCUGGGGACUGUUGAUAGAAAUGUGAAAUUUCCUAGUUACAUGAAAUGGUUUUUUCUUAUGGGUAAAAGACUCUCUCCUUUCCCUCUCAAUGUGGAAUUUCUUUAAUCCUGUAAUUUUCUAUUUGGACAGUAUUUGAGUCCAGGUGAACAGUACAUGCUAGUAGUAAUAUAUUUAAUUAGGACAUUAGGUACUUAUAUUUAAAUGAAAGGCUCAACUAAAAACACAGAUUCAUAGUGUUUCUUGCUCUAAGUUUUAGAAACAGGCUAUGAUGUAGAAAACUUGAUUUAUAAUUUUGAUAGCGUACUUUCACUUGAGCUGUAUUUGUAACCAACUAUCCUUUUAAUUUAUGCAUUUAAAACUUUGAAAAAUAUUAGUUGAAUUUAUUCACACUGCUUUUUAACUUAGUUUCAAAACCCAAAGUUUGAUUUCUGACAAUUUGUGUUAUAAAUUGCCAAUAUCUUAAUAGCCUUCUAGGGACAUAAUAUGAAUUUACUUUAUUUGAACCUACCUCUUACAUUUUCUGAACCAAAGAUAAUUGUUGUACUGUGUUUCUGUAUUUUUUCCAGAAUAUAGCUUUCAUUAUAUUAGUUAAAAUUAAUAAAUGCCUUGAUAGUCUCUAAUAAAUAUAAAAGACAUGGGUGGGACUCAAUAUUUUUGUAUUUUUGAGUAUAUAAAUGACAAUGUUAAGUCAUUUUUAAAAACUCUUAAAAUGAUGGAAUGAAUGGCUAUAAUUUCAAGCUACUGAAAAACAUUGUUCAUUAUGAAUUUGUUUGCUCUUUAACAUUUGUAAAGUAUGAAUGUGAUUUUCUGUGUAUCUUCUGAAAAUAAGAUCUUGUACUUUGAAGUGAGCCAGGAACUGAAGUUUGCCUUUUUUCUGACAUUACCAUGUACUUACUCUCCUUUCAUAUUAAAAUAUGUAUUUGUUUCUCAAAUA